UUUUAAUUAAACUAUAUUUAAUACUUCUAAUUAGCGUCCAAACAUCUGAUGUGACAGGAGCAAAAAUUUUGCCAUUUGCCCUUUUGCUAUUUGGGGGUGGAUCCAAACAGACCCUAACAAACACUCCAAAAGGCGAGAGGGAGAGAGAGCGCUCGGAAACACCCGGAGGGAUCCCUGAAGUGGUGGAAGCGCAUGUCGGGGCGCCGUCAGGCGUCAGCGUGCCACUCACGAGAGCGUGCGCAAAUCCCCACGAGAGCAACUUGUGCCAGACAGCCGGUGGCACGGCUGGGCCGGCUGCGACGGCGGACGAAGCGACCAGGGGCCGAACCGCCGCUGGUCCAGGCACCACCUGACGCCGCACCGGGGCGACCGAUGUGACGGACCCGCGGACGGACGGUCGCGAGCGAGGCCCGGCGCCCUAGCUUGUCGCCGCGCGGGACGGAACCACGAACCAGGGCGGGCGGCGUGUGCGCGCGCGUCCUCUGGCGCACGGCCCAGCGAGCGGGCUACCCAAAUCCGGGGCCUUGUCCUCCCCGGGCACGCAAGGAAUUAGGCCAGCGCCCGCUCCUGUGGCUAGCUCUGCCUCCCAAGGCAUCCAAAAGGGCGCGCGCGGGGGGCGGCACCACCCGCAUCGUCCGUGUCCCUAUCCCUUCAACAACUUAGCGCCGGGUGGGGUGGGGCGCAACUCGGGAUCGUCCCUUUACAAGCACACCCGCGCAGCAACACCCCCCGGAAACGUGCCACGCGAUCGCCCCCCCGGCUUAUUCGCCGCUUGCUUCCGCCACGGCCGGGAGAGGAGCACUCGUGCCGCGCGUGCCGUGAGAGCGUGCGUGCGUGGUCGAGAGAGAGUGAGCAGCUGGUGCCAUGGACCGUCGGGACUCGGAGGCGAGCGCGCCGGCAGCGGCCGCGGCGGGGCGGGCCGCGAACGGCAACGGCAGCGACGGGGCCGCGGCGGCGGCGCCGGGGCCCGGAGACGCGAGCUUCGACACCAACAUGGUGAUCAUCCUGGCGGCGCUCUUCUUCGCGCUGCUGUUCGCCAUCGGGCUCAACUCGGUGGCGCGGUGCGCGCUCCGGUGCGGGGGCCGGGGCGCGGCCGGGGACGCCGGAGGCCGCGGCGGUGGCCAGGGGGCGUCGUCGGCGUCGGGCGGCACGUCCUGCGUCCGCGGGAUCAAGAAGCGCGCGCUGCGGAGCAUCCCCGUGGAGGUUUACGGCGGAGGCGGCGUGGAGGGAGGCGAUGAUGCCCGUGAGGAAGAGGUGUGCGCCAUCUGCCUGGGCGAGUUCGCGGACGGCGAGAAGGUGCGCGUGCUCCCGCGGUGCGGGCACGGGUUCCACGUCCCCUGCGUCGACGCCUGGCUGCUGUCCCGCGGCUCCUGCCCGACGUGCCGCCGCCCUGUGAUGGACGGCAGCAAGCCCGCGGCCGCCAAGGCCGGCGCCGCGGGCCAGAGCCGGCGGCGGCCGGAAAGCGACACCAUCGCCGUGGUCAUCGCUUGAUCCUCUCCACGGAAGCAGCAGAGCAAUCGGAGCAGGCCUAGUGGUGGUAGCCAGGCGCACAGCCAACCAAUGAACCAAGCAACGAAGCAAGGUAUAGUACUGGAUUUCCGGGACCGUGGAUAAGGUCGUGUAAAAAUAUCUCCGUAGCCGAGCGCCGCAUCGCCCGAUACUAUCCGGCGACGAGGGACCCACCUGCAUGUCAGGUCAGGUGUCGCUACUUGGAGUAGCUAGUAGUAGCAUCGUAGCAUCUUGCCGUCCUAUGUAUCACAGCUGCCCAAUUGUUCACCGGAAGUGUUCGACCUUCGACGGCGCCGUACAAAUUUUUUUGUUGCAUA